AUGUUUAAAACAAAUCCAGAUGUUACAAAAAUAAUAAUGGGCUGUUGUGAAUCAAAGCCAGAAAAGCCUUCCUUAGGGUCAUCAAAAGACCAAAGUAGAGCUGAAAGAUUAAGCUUGAUAAAUGACUCAAAUGAGCCAAGCGCUGUUACCACUCCAGUUAUGAGAGCCAAGCCAAGAAGAUAUACCACUCUAGCCCGAUCUUCAGCUAAGAAAAAAUCAGUAGGAAUUGAUCCGAAAAAAAGUUUUAAGCGAAGGAGUAGCUCAAGAAUUUCCAAAGGACUUACAAGCGAAAAAUAUAAAACAAUAAAAAUCCUUCAGACAGGGCCCAGUGGAAAUCUAUAUUUAGUUAAAGACAAAUAUAAUGGGACACAAAGAGUAGCCAAAGAAAUCCCAAAAGAGAUUUUUGGAGAAAAUCCUAUUGAAUUCUUUAAAGAAAUGGAAAAGUUCAAUAAACUUGUAAAUUUUAUGCAGAAUUAUCCUCAUAUAAUAUACUUAUUAUGAUAUAUAUUGAGAAAAAUAAAUUUUUUAUUAGAUUUAGCACUAUUUAAUUUAAUAAGUCUAAGAUUUUUUGAGCUAGCUGAAACCGAUGAGGCAUUUUAUGUUAUUUAUGAAAAACUUUUUGGCUCAAGCUUGCUAGAAAAAAUUUUAGAGCAUGGUGCUUUUAAUGAUUAUGCUGCUUCCACUCUUAUUUCAAAUAUUUUAAAAGCUCUAAAUCAUUGCCACAAGCUCGGCAUUAUACACAGAAACAUAAGACCAGAAAGUAUCGUUUUCGAUUCCAAUGCUCGUGAUUCUACUUUAAAACUCACGAACUUUGAAUUUAUUUGGACUUUAAGCGAAAUGCAACAGACAAAAGAUACAGUAAAAAAUAUGUAGGUUACAUAUAUGGCGCCAGAAAUGAUUCAAGGAAAUUAUAAUAAAAAGACAAGUGAUAUUUGGAGCUUGGGAAUUAUAUUGCAUGUCUUAAUGACAGGAAAACUACCUUUUACAGGCAAAAAUAAUGAUGAGGUAAUUAAAUCAAUUCAAAAUGGAAUUGAUUUGAAAUCAAAAACAUGAGCACUUCAUUCUGAUGAAGUUAAAGAUCUUCUUUCAAAAAUGCUAAAAAUCGAUCCUGAUGAUAGAAUUUCUGCUGCAGAUGCUUUAAAGCAUCCUUGAAUUGUGAACAAAAGCCGGAAGCUUGACCAAAUCAAAGGCAGUACUGAUAUACUCAAUAGAUUUUUACAUUUUGACGUAAUUCAUAGUUAGGCUUCGAAAAAAAUAGAAAAGUCUAUUUAUUUUGCUAUUACCUCACAUAUAUAUAAUGAUAAUGACCAAAAAGAAAUAAUUGAAGUCUAUAAAGCUCUAGAUAAAAAUCAUGAUGGAAAAUUAAGCAAAAAAGAAAUAAUUGAUGGCUGCAAAGCGCUCAGAAUUGAAGUAAGUGGGAUGGAUGAAAUUAUUAUGAAAUGUGACAUUGAUAAGAGCGGAUUUUUUGAAUUUUAUGAUUUUGAAAUUGCAGCUGCGCAAUGAAAUUAUGAAGAUGUAAAAGAGAAACUUAAAAAAUCAUUAAAACCAUUAGAUUUUACUUGCCGUGGAGCAAUCAGUUUGGAGGAAUUAAAAAAAAUUCUACGCGGAAUUGAUAUGGAAGAAUUAGAACAGUUCUUCAAAUAUGCGAGAAUAGAUGAAGAAGGGUAUAUUUCAUAUGAAGAAAUCAACAGCUAUUUAUUAAUGAAAUUUGAUUAA